GCCUGUGGCGAUGAUUCGGUUUCCCACAUUCUUAGCAAGAGCAGGCUCUCCCCUACAGUCUCCUUUCCUGCCUGAGCUCGUCACUGCAGUCAUUCUCGCCUCUUAUGUUUUUUUUUUUAUUUUUCUUUUCGUAAGAUUUUUCCCUUAACAGCAUCAAGUGUGGUUCUUAUUCUCACCUUUAAAAUGCCCUGUCAGCGCCACGUCCCACUUCACUUCUCUCCUUCCCAAGUGCAGCAAAGCGCCGUGACGCCGCGUCUGUAUCUGCUUUCUUCACAUUUCUCCUCCUUAGACCCAUUUCAUGGUAGAGCUGUGUGUUCUGUAUGGACAGAAUGAGGAGGGAAUGGUAGGCGAACUUAUAGCCUUCUGCACCCGCAAAAAUAAAGCUUGUCUUACCUCAGACACCCUGAACUCUUUUGAGCAUGAGUUUCUGAGCAAAAGAUUAUCCAAAGCCUCGCACAGUGCCUGGAAGGAUAGUGGGCAUGCUGGAGCUAGAGACAUAGUUUCCAUUCAAGAGCUAAUUGAAGUGGAAGAAGAAGAGGAGACCCUUCUGAAUUCUUACGCCACACCCUCCAAGGGUUCUCAAAAGCGAGCUGUCGCCACCCCAGAGACCCCCCUGACAAAAAGAAGAGCGUCUGCUCGGAGCCCCCAUCAGCUCCUCUCGCCGUCAAGUUUCUCUCCAAGUGCUACUCCCUCUCAGAAAUACAACUCGAGAAAUAACCGAGGAGAAGUGGUUACCUCCUUUGGCUCAGCCCAGGGCGUUUCUUGGUCCGGGAGAGGAGGUGCCGGUAAUAUCAGCCUGAAGGUCUUGGGGUAUCCAGAGUCAUUAACUCAGAGCUACAAAUCAAUGUUUCAGAAGCUCCAAGACAUUCGAGAAGUUCUGACCUGUAAAAUAGAAGAACUUGGCAGUGACCUCAAGGAACAUUACAAGAUCGAGGCAUUUACACCUGUCCAAUCCCCAGCACAGGAGCCCGUCACGCUGCUGGGCCAGAUCGGCUGUGACAGCAAUGGGAAGCUAAACAGCAAGUCAGUGAUCCUUGAGGGAGACCGGGAACAUUCCUCCGGUGCUCAAAUACCAGUGGAUUUAUCUGAGCUCAAGGAAUAUUCUCUGUUUCCUGGGCAGGUUGUAAUUAUGGAAGGAAUCAACACCACUGGUAGAAAGUUUAUUGCCACCAAACUCUACGAGGGUGUGCCACUUCCAUUUUAUCAACCCACCGAAGAAGACGGAGAUUUUGAGCAAAACAUGGUCCUGAUGGCCUGCGGGCCUUACACCACGUCUGACAGCAUCACCUACGAGCCCCUGCUCGACCUGAUCGCCACCAUCAACCACGACCGGCCAGAUGUCUGCAUUCUGUUCGGACCUUUCCUGGAUGCUAAGCACGAACAGGUUGAGAACUGCCUACUGACAAGCCCUUUUGAAGAUGUUUUCAAGCAGUGUCUGCGGACAGUCAUCGAAGGGACCCGGAGCUCUGGCUCCCACCUCGUCUUCGUCCCCUCGUUGAGAGACGUGCACCACGAGCCUGUGUACCCGCAGCCACCUUUCGCCUACUCCGACCUGCUUCCGGGGGACAGGAAGCGAGUGCAGUUCGUGUCCGAGCCCUGCAGCCUCUCCAUAAACGGGGUGAUCUUUGGCCUGACAUCCACGGAUCUGCUGUUCCACAUGGGGGCCGAGGAGAUCAGCAGUUCUUCUGGAACUUCAGACAGAUUCAGCCGAAUACUCAAGCACAUCCUGACUCAGAGGAGCUACUACCCACUCUACCCUCCCCAGGAAGACGUCGCCAUAGACUACGAGAAUUUCUAUGCCUAUGCACAGCUGCCCGUCACCCCAGAUGUCUUUAUUGUCCCAUCAGAGCUGAGAUACUUUGUGAAGGAUGUCCUCGGCUGUGUCUGUGUGAAUCCCGGGCGCCUCACCAAAGGGCAAGUGGGAGGCACCUUCGGCCGGCUCUACUUCCGGAGGCAGCCGGUGGAUGGGGAGGGGCGGCGGAGCCCCUGUGUCACAGCCCAGGUGGUCAGGAUCUGAACCCAGGGCUUUUGGCCCUUUUCCAGCUCCCCCAAGAGCCUGGGGGUGGCUGUGACAGACCCCAGCUGCGUCAGGGGGUGGAGACGGCAGCCUGCGGGGAGACCUGUGUCCCAGACGCGACUCCAGGCUGAGCUGCUCUGGAAGAAGGCCUUCGUUUCUCCUGGGCGCGCACAGUCCAGGCUGAACUGGCUGUGGAGGCAGCAUGCUCAGAAAAGGCCAGCACGCUCUGUGACUUUCCGCAUGAGUCACAUACACAACCAACUUUUGGAGAAACAAAAAUAAAUUCCUGACCUCGUCUGUCCCGUCUGGUGGCAUCUCCUGGCUCCUGG